AUGGCUCCUGUGGCCGAAAUGGGGACAUUUUUGGCCGGCUUGGACACCUUGGGUCAGGUGGGCACUCAAUACCUUCUCCCUCCAGUCAGGGAGAACCCUGUCUUCAUCCACGACCUCCAGGGUCAGUCUGAGCGUCUGUCCCGCAGCGCUCCCUCGGACAUGUCUCACCUCCAAGGCAUCCUCCGCCGCCGCCAGCUCUACUGCAGGACCGGCUUCCACCUGCAGAUCCUGCCCGAUGGCAACGUCCAGGGCACCAGGAAGGACCACAACCGCUAUGGUAAGUAAUCUCUGCUGUCAUGCAUGUGUAAUAUCCGGGUUCACAUUCAUAUUAGCACCUGUAUGAUAAUAAUGCACUCCACAUAGUCAAUUAGUCAAUCCUUCACUUACCUGGCCUCCUCACUUUAAUAUACCUCUGCGCCCAAAAAAAUCGAGAUUUUAUUUUUUUUAUCCUUUAUUUAUUUUUUAUUUUUUUCGAAAUUCGAGAAAAGACUUUAUGUGUAACGAGCAAUAAUGGGGUAACGUUCUUACGUUUAGGAAUAAAACAUUCUGGGGCAACGUUCUAAAAGUAAAAAAACAAUCAGCGAGGACAUUCUAUUGGUUUCCAUGGUGAUUGCUCCAGUGUUAGAAAUUUGCACUACAGUUGAUUCUUGCAUAGAAUGCUUUUAGCUGUGAAUAUGGCUUUGUAGUGCACAGUAUUCCAAUUCUAGAUUUAGAGAUAAAUAAAACAAUUGCAGAUUGUAUUAAGCUAAUCCGUGUCGUUUGAACUAGUGUGUUUUUAUUUUAAUGAUUUGUGCUUAGUGUUGCUGUAGAUAACAUUUUUAAACAGAAGUAUUUUAAAUAGGAUUAUGAUAAAAUGGUAAUAUAGCACUCCUUGCUAUCUUAAUGUGUGAGAUUUGCAAAUUUUCUAAGGUCUAAUAUUGAUUGUGACAUGUGCUUCUUGCUAAAAGAGAGCUAACUGGCUGUUUUUCCAAUAUGCAGCAAGCUCCCUGAUCAGACCUACUUACAGUAAUGAGGUAGAUAGAAAAACACAUCUAUUUGUGAGUUUUCACUAAACAGUGAAUUGACAAUGAGAUUGCAAAAUGUAAAAUUAAAAUAUUUGUGCUGGAAAAAUAUUAUUUGAAUUGGAUAUUUUUUCAGCUUAAUUAUUUUGGCCUACGGUUUGUUAUUUCAGUGUCAAAGUAUGACAAUUCGCAGUUUAGUGAAUACGUUAGUGAUAAAAUGCAGAUUUAGCUGCACAUUCAAUGCAUGCCAUACCAGAUUAUCCCACCUGCUAACAAACCCUCUGGAAAUCCCAGUGGACUAAUCCAGAUAUAUUAAUAAUUUCCAGUUACAUUGCUGGAUUCUGUGAUCACGGUCACUAGAAAGGUCACUGCCGCCUCUCCACAGAGCAGCAUGUACCCAAUAAGGGGCCACGCACUGCUGCACCCCAAUCCUUGCACUGUCAACCAGAGUGUAUGGCCAAGGAUACUGGGAGUCAUGUUGCUUGAAGCUCCCAGGUACUCUGCCUGUGAUGGGUGCUGUCCCUUUAAAUUACAUUUCCACACAGUAAGAAAACAGACAGGGAUGGAAAUGCUUAUCUGACAGGAAGAGUGAAUAAUGAUCGGGCUAUUUAUUUAGUGUUGAUUUAUCUGAACAAACCAACUAUUGUUGAUAGUCUGUAUCCCCCCACCCCUUUUUUUACCCUUUGAUUUAGCUGCCGUAAAAGGUAGUUAAAUGGUUUCCUAAUAACCUUUCUCAUAGUCAGGUCAAUCGAUACAUUUUUUUUUUUAACUGUGCAGUUGCCAGAGUAGUGAGUAAAAACUGCCUCAGUACAUCAACUAUGGCAGUGAAAGGGUUAAUCAACUCUGCAACACCGCUGUGGCACUGGAAACAUAGGUGUAAAAGGUUUUAUUAAAAUGAUCAGCCAUUAUCUAUUCUAUACUGUUACAAUGUGCUAGUUGAUGCAGAGCAAAUUAUCCCAAUGCAGAUGAAUUCCUGAAGUCCUAUAAUAGGUUUAUAACACAUUUUUUUUCGAGCAAGAUCAAACAUAGUGUAUGCCUCUUUCAGAUGUUCCUCUUUUAUUCCACCCCUAUUCUCCUAUUACUUCCCUGUGAUGUGGUCUCUGCAUGGACUGACUCACCUGCUUAUUGUUAUAUAUUUUUUAAGACUGUCUGUUCAAAAGACAUUUUAAUAAAGACUAAAUACCAGUAUAUUCAAUGGAAGAAGCACUGUUUACUAUCCACACAAACACACAGCUAACAGUAAUCUCUGGUUUGACUAAUGCAAUAAUAUGUGUGUUAUUGUUAUUUACAUAGCAUAGAUAUAUUCUGCAGUGUUUGCAAUAUUUAUGCAGUGUUUAGGGUAAUGUUACCUUCCUAUAUGAAUCUGCAAAUCUUGGCCAAAAUAGCAAAGUUGUAAGAGAUCCCAGUCUAAAAACAGCUCAAAUGAUUUGCAUGUCAAUAAUCAACUCACUGUUUAGUAAAUCAAUUAAUUUAAAACAACUUGAAAUUGCAUGGUGCAUUCAUUUGCUUCCAAUAGGUGUUGUAAAAAUACAACUACAACUACAACUCCUGCAACCCCCAGCCAAAGGUUAUUUAGACAGGGACGUUUUAAACUGUUAAUGAAAAUUAAUGUUGCUGAAAUAUAAAAAAAUAUGUAGAAAUAUAAGUAUAUAUGUAAAAAUACAGAUUGAUAGCCAUGGAAUUGGACAAUUGUUACAGUUUAACCACAGGCAUUUUCAAUGUCUGAUAGACAGGAUGCUGCUUUAUAGCUUUGUGUCUGUACUGUAUGCCCUAUUCCUCUUCCUAUGUAAUUCAGAUGGAAUGUUAGCGGUUUUACUGCAUUCAUAAGACAAGCUUUCGAGAGUUUCAACAUCUUUACUAAGAUAUAACAUUUCUACACAGGUAUUCUUGAAUUCAUCAGUAUUGCAAUUGGACUUGUGAGCAUUAGAGGAGUAGACAGUGGACUAUACCUUGGGAUGAACGACAAAGGAGAACUCUAUGGAUCGGUAAGUAACAAUUUAUUUGUAUUAAAAUAUUAUCUUGGCCUUUUCGAAUAAUCCUUUAGAUGUUAUAGUUAGCCACUGGAGAGCCUUGCUCUGUAAAGCUGAGCAGGGAGUGUACCCUGUUUAAAGUUAAUGGUUUAUCAAAAUUUAUUUUAUUUUACUUAGAAAGUAUUUUACUUAGAACGUCAGCAGUGAGUGAAUUGUGUGACCUGGAUGCUGAUUUGCUACAUUUAAGCUACAAUUUGUGAAUCAAAUCUCCCAGAUAGUUGUGAUAUUACUUUCAACUCUGUUCUUUUGGGCUAUAUUGUGAAAUAACUAUAAUUCUUUAAUCAGAGUAGGGCUUGCCCAGUUUAGUUCAACUGAAAUCUGGAAAUAGAGUUAACCUCUCCAGAUAGUGAAUCGAGCCCUCAAGUUAAAUUUGGGGUAUUUAGAAAUAGGGUUGCAGGUCUUAAACUGGCUAUUGGGUUUUCUUUUGUGUAUGUCAACAAAACAUGUUUUCUUAAUGUAUUACUUCUUCUCAUAGUUUUUGCUUUUUUUAAUAGGAUAAAUUAACAUCUGAAUGCAUCUUCCGAGAACAUUUUGAAGAAAAUUGGUAUAAUACGUAUUCGUCCAACUUGUACAAGCACGCAGAAUCUGGAAGAAGAUUUUUUGUAGCUCUUAAUAAAGAUGGGUCUGCGAGAGAUGGUGCUCGUUCAAAGAGGCAUCAAAAAUUCACACAUUUCCUGCCUAGGCCAGUGGACCCUGAAAAGGUACCUGAACUCUACAAGGAUAUAAUAGGAAAUAGCUGA